AUGGAGAGUCGUCGAGGCAGGGGAAAGUUUGCCAAGAUUGUGAUGCCGACUCCAAUCGAAACCCCAACAAUGAAUUUAGAGGAUAAAUGUAAAAUAAAGCUCACCAAUGAGUCAGAGGAAAUUGAAAUACGAGCAGUUGAUCUGAUAGUGCUCGAAGAACUGGGUAAGGGCGGGUAUGGGGUUGUCGAAAAAAUGAAGCAUCGACAAAGUGAUAUUGUGAUGGCCGUGAAGCGGAUUAAAUCAUCCAUUAACGACCAAUCACAAAAACAGAUGCUCACGGAGCUGGAUGCCUGUAAAAGGAGCGAUUGUUGUCCGCAGAUGGUCCGCUUCUAUGGAGCCAUGUUUCGAGAAGGUGACGUUUGGAUAUGCAUGGAAGUCAUGGAUACGUCACUCGACAAAUUUUAUCGAAAAGCCUACAAAAAUGGGCUAAAAAUUCCGGAGCCAUUCAUUGGAAAAAUGGCGCUCUCCGUGAUUGAGGGACUGAAUUUCAUGAAAGAGCAGCUGAAUCUAAUACAUCGUGACGUCAAGCCUUCCAAUAUAUUGCUCAAUCGGCACGGUCAAGUCAAAAUAUGCGAUUUUGGGAUUUCGGGACAUCUGACAAAUAGUCUUGCCAAGACGGUGCAAGCUGGAUGUAAGCCGUAUAUGCCUCCUGAGAGGAUUGACGGCGAAACAAAGAGCGCCUACGAUGUUCGAGCUGAUGUUUGGAGUCUUGGGAUCACUAUUGUUGAAAUUGCUACCGGGACGCAUCCGUAUGCUCAGUGGAAAACGCCAUUUGAUCAGCUGAAGCAGGUGGUCAAAGAGCCACCACCUCGACUACCAAUGAACGGUCAAUUCACAACAGAUUGUCAAUUCUUCGUAAAGCGAUGUCUUGAAAAGAAUUAUAAUGAACGACCAAAAUAUCCUGAACUUCUUGCGAUGCCUUUUAUGGAAAUGGCACGUAACGACAAGCAUUUCAGCAUGUCGCGGUUUAUAAAUGAAAUUCUUGACAUGUAG